ACCUUAAUUUGGUACAACUAGUACUAAUACGUAGCUUGCAACCCUCAGUCUCACUGAACGCGGUCUCUACUCGAGUUUGCGGCUUGUGGUGCUUCGCGGUAGGCCAUUUACAGGGUCGGGACACACAACAAUAUACCAGCCGCGUCUCAACCAGUCAUGUCCAACAAAAGCCCUGCUAUCGCGCAGACUAGCACUGGUGGAACCUCAGGCACGAACGUGGCUGCGGUACUAGACACUACGAAAUCGAGUGCCAGGGAGAAACUGCAUCAAACAUAUGCUUCUGAUCCAAAAUAUAAGAAGUACACGCAACAAGUGGAGAAAUGUCUCAAUGCAUUUGAUAAUGUACACGAGUGGGCAGACUGCAUCGCGUUUCUGAAGCAAUUGUUGAAGACGUUUCAAUCAUACAUGCAAUUCAAGGAGAUCCCGUAUAAGCUCAUUGUUGCUAAACGGUUGGCACAGUGCUUGAAUCCUGCUUUACCGACUGGCGUGCAUCAACGUGCUCUGGAUGUUUAUACGCAUAUACUUUCUGUGCUUGGGACGGAAGGUCUCAAACGGGAUUUGCCACUAUGGUCGUCCGGCCUGUUCCCGUUCUUUGAGUAUGCUGCUACAUCAGUCAAGCCAAUACUGCUGACCAUAUAUGACACGCAUUACUUGCCUUUACAAGCUGGUCUACGACCUGUGAUGAAGUCGUUCAUCCUUGCCCUACUUCCGGGUCUUGAAGAGGAGACUGGCGAAUUCUUCGAAAAGGUGCUAAGCCUACUCGAUCGACUGUCAGCAACUGUUUCUCCUGUAUUCUUCAUUCAGAACAUAUGGCUCAUCAUGAUAACCAUGGCCUCGGCACGCGGAACCGCUCUGAAUUUCCUUUCUCGCAGACUACCUCGAUUACACGCAGACGAAGACAUCACUCAGAUAGUAGGUAGAGAUAUAGGGCUUAUGAUCCGUGCGUUCGCAGCUGCACUCGAGGACGACAAUUUGUUGGUUCGAAGAGGCGCGCUCGAUAUUCUCUUGCAGUCGAUGCGAGUCGAUAGCGCUGCUAUAAAACGAGCGCAUUCGGAAGAUACCGUCAUACUUAUGAGGGCUGCAACUGGCGUAGUCCUGCGUCGGGAUCUGUCACUUAAUCGACGACUUUAUACCUGGUUGCUAGGUCCGGAUGAGAAGAGCGAGAACCAAACCGUGUUCCUGCGACAGCAUGCUCUUCAGUUAUUGAAUACCACGCUCAAGGAUGAAAUGUUUGCGCCUUCAGGGGAGUACUCUGAAUCAAGACCUUUCAAGAUCUUCAUUUCGUUGUUGGACAAGUGGGAGAUAGGGUCGGCCUUAACUGAUGUUCUUAUAUUGGAUGCUCUUAAGGCAAUCCGAUUUCUGAUGCAGCGAGACGCGGAGGAGCAUAAUGAGGAUAUUUCUAUGACUGCCAGUACGCUAUACGAGGCUGUCGAACCCAGUAUUCUUUGGAAGCAGUUGCUGGCAGCAAUAAUGAAAGAUUUGACCGAAGACAACAAAACUGGGGCAAUUGACUUGACAUUAUUCCUACUGCGUUCACUCCCUAUGCAAGAUGACGAAGUUCGCAGCCUUCAUCUACCAGUUAUUUUUGCUGCCAUAACGGAGGAGCUGCAGCGUGAGAUCAACGAUGACCCAUCCAAGGCUGCCCAAGCUUCUGUCCGGGAAUGUUUGGCUCUGCAAGAGGAAAUUUUCCAACACAUACCUCUAGAAUCUCUCAGUCAGCGUCCCGGGCUGAAUGCAGCAGUUGAGACAUCAACUUCGUCUCUGAGCUCACUCGCAUUCGCCCAUGCAUUUUACGGACUUGAAUUCACUGAAUCAAAUCCGAGCAGUGAGGUGCUCAAUCCUUUGGUGGCUGUUUUAGAACAUAUGUUCCGUAUAAGUCAAGCGCUCUCACGAUCCAUCUCGGCUCAGCAAGGGGGCUCGAUAGAACUUCGAGCAGCAUUAUCACAGGUGUUGCGAGUCUUGUCGGGCGUUGUCUGUGCGGUAGAUAGAAGUUAUGACACGUCUCUUAGUCUAUCAUGGGAACCUUCUGAAUGGCUGUACUCUAUGCUCGAUUGUCUUGACCUUGAGGCCGUCAGUUUCACCCUGGUGGACCAGGUGGUGUCUUUGAUAUUGUCUUUGCAUGGUGCUCAGAAGCUCAGCCCAAAGCUGUCGAUGGAUAAAAGACCCGUCGUUAGCUGCAUGGUGAAGAAGCUUUUCAGAUACCUCCACCAAGACCUGGCUACUUGCCAUGUGCGAGCUGUCAGUCUCAUAUGGUCCAUAGAAUCAACAUCACGGCCUCAUGAAGUUGAGUCGAUAAUAGCCCAGAGCAUGUGUUCUCCUGAGUCGAGAAACGUCUAUGAGGCGUACGAGGCUUUUGGAGUACUUUGGCGGUUGUCAGAGGAUGAAUCACUUCCUGGAGUGCGCUUGAAGGUGCCAUUGAUGAUAGUUUUGGAGACCUUGAAGCACGAUGAUCCAACCCUACGACGCGUUGGAGAGACAUGGAUGCGAUGCAAUUUGAGGUCGUAUAUCAGGGUCUUGGAACCUGUUCUCCGCGAUCUUCUGGACCCUUCUAUUCAUCGAAUAUCCAGAAUUAGCAGAGUGAGCGGCAAAGAAAUCAGGGGCUUCGUUUACGAGAGGUCAUUUGACCAGCGCUAUGUCGCUCACCUUCUCGAGAUUUUGCUCUCAAUCGUCCAAUUUGGUGGUCAAGGUUUUUCCAAGUCUGCGCGCGGCACCUUCUUAAGGCGUUCAUGCGAUCCCGUGUUGCUCCAGAGGCUUAGCUUAGCUGGGGUGGACGCCAAUGCAAGCUACCUAGAUGCACUCAUCGAGGUAUUAUCGAGGUUCCUUCAAUCCGAACCCAAAGAUCAAGAUGCUCCGGUUAUGCAUCCACUAAACACGGUCAUACAAUCCUCCGCCAUAGACCUUCUCCAAACCAUUGUGGCUCGCGGAGAGAUUGAAACGCUCGCCAUUGAAAUUCUCGAACCAACAGUCAUCGGCAAACUGUUCCUCUGCAUCCAUCUGCAUCGGUUAGACCUGCAAAACAAGUUACUGCGGUUCCUCCACUCCAUUAUAUCAGCCUCGACAUCUUACGCCUACAACGGGAACUCGCCUCCCGAGGAUCGAAGUACAGAAGGGUCGCAGGAAUCAGGGAAAAGGGGUUACACUGUCAACUCCCUGCUAACACAAACCAUCAUAGAUGGUAUUACGAUCCCGCUGAAUCGUCCCGUGAUGCAGCACUGGUUAGAUUUUGUGCUGAUGGCGGUUCCCCAGUUCCAACCUGCCCUUCAGAGCGUUAUUUCUCCUAUUGCUGAUUGUCUUUGCCGACAACUACGCUUGCUCCUCUCAGAUGCACUAAAAGCGAGCCAGCCAAUACCUAACGAGAGGUAUCCUCGGGUUGCGACUGAUGCUGAAUUCACCAUGCUUCUCAACGCGCUCGAGCGGUUACUUGUGCUUGGAUUGACUCAAAAGUCAGAUGCUAAUUCACAAGAGGAUGACACUCCAGUUCAGGAAAAACCUGGGGCUGAGUCGGGAGGUAUCUUGGGAUAUGUCUCAAAUGUCUUCACCACAGAUAACGCAUCUGCUGCUGUCGAAGAUCAGCUGACGUCACACUCACCUGGGUACAAAUCUCUUCAUGAUGGCAUUCGUGUGUUACUCGCGAUAUGGGUUAACAUGGUGUGGCGUGACACCACUGGCCUGCGGCCAGAGGCGGAUUCGCUGUCUAUGAUUUAUAAUCGGACACAUGCUCGCUGUCGAAGAGUCCUGGAGCACCUAUUCCGCGCUUACCCUACGGAAGUGUUGGAAUCCGUCAUUGAAUGCUGGGAUCAUGAUGCAUUGCUGCGCUCCAAGGGCUCUGACCAGCCUGCGACAGGUAUCUUUGGCUUGGUUGAUGUCUUGAUCGCUAGUGCACAAAACGCGGUGCAUAUGAUCUGCGAUAGUAUAUCAAUUCGCAUUUCCAACACCUCGGAGCGCAGUAGGAAACCCGCAAAUGCAAAUCUAUCCGACAUCGUCCUAUUCAACUUCUUGGAGCGAUAUUUCCAACGGCUUGAAGGGCCUCUGGCUCUUCAAGUGUGGAGUCGAUUUAUGCAGCUCGCGAAAGACCUGGCGUCAAGUCGGGAUUUCAAGGUCCAGGUCUUCUUGGCAUUGAAGUGCUUGUGCGUUUUAGGCGACAAAGUUACUCAGACCACUGCCAUAGAUGACAAACGCAUCAGGAAAGAUCUCCAGGAAACUUUUGGAAAGCUCCUUGAUGCAUGCGUUACUUUUGUAGGUAAAUCGACAGAUCAACCAAAUUGGAUAAGGCGUACCACGAAAGAGUCGGUCACAAAUGGUCGAUCCUCCCCUGCUCUCCGUGGUGUCUCAGAUUCGAAGCAGGACGAGAAACCAGAUUCCAGUACUGCUACGCCUUCGGACAAUGGCAAGCCGACUUGGGGGGCAGAGUUACCCUCCCAGAUCACCGUAUUCAUAGCAUCAACAGUUGUUCCAGAGCUGCGCCGAUUUUUGAUGGAUAACGACAAGGUAGCAAGUGCUUGUAGCAACAUCGUGUAUUACAUCGUGAGCCCAGGCAUCAAAAUGAAGGCCAGGCCUCUGGAUGCUGAUGUGGUUGUGGUCGACAUAUUUCGGGAGAUGAUCAAAAUCCCACCUGCGAUGAAGGUUUGGCGAGUGGCAGUGAUGGAUGUCCUUUACGAUCAUCGCAUCUUCAACUCGAAUUCUAGCGUUGCUAUGAAGUGGAAACCCAUCAUCAAAGCAGUAUUUGAUAGUGAUAAAACUUCUUUCCCUGACCUUCUUAGUCGUGUUGCUACGUCGCCCUCGGCCAAUAUCUUCACGAAUCGAGAGCAUGAGAUGCUUCUACGAUCCUUAAACUUGCGACGGCUUGCAUUGGUCCUCUUCACAGGAGAGAAAAAUCAUUUCUUGACUCAACUUCCGGCUAUACAGGAGAAAUUGGUGGAUAUCCUGCGCAAUGUUCCAUCUCCGAUUGUUCAAUGUGAAGUCUACCUGUGCAUACGAGUGUUGUUGUGCCGCCUGGCUGCACAUAGUAUGACGAGCUUUUGGCCCGUGAUUCUCACUGAAUUAUACCGAAUAUUUGCACAAAUCAUUGAUUCGGUACCUUCAGAUGGCUCAGAAGAUCUACAACUGAUCCUGUCAGCCAGCAAAUGCCUUGAUUUGCUGCUUACCCUCCAGACAGAAGAGUUCCAGAUACAUCAGUGGAUAUUCAUUACCGAUACUGUGGAUGCCGUAUUUCGCCCUGACGAUUGGUCCCCAGAAUCGAUGUUCGACCAGCUCGCUGAAGUAGUUGGCAGUUUACCUAUUCCAGAACCUCGAGAACCACAAAAUAUUGGGCUAUCACUGCCAACAUCAACUUCCCUUGCUUUCCCUGCCCAUUCUGAUCGUGCUUUACGGAAGCCCAUACUAAAAUCAAUCCGUCAGAUUGACUCCAUCAGGGACCUUUUUCCAUUCUUCUCUCACGUGAGCAUUUCAUCUUACGAGAGUGUGUAUGCAAGUAGUGGGAACAUCGAUUGGGAGGCAGUUGAGCAGGGAGUUUUGGACGAUAUGUUCGACGGUCGUUGAGAGGAUGAACCGUUUUGUUGGUUGUCUCUCUAGGAUGUACAUGGGAUCUGUUCGCUGUUCUAUACGCAAAGCAUAAGGGUAUAUAUAGAUGCGAAUGAAUU